AUGACCUCACUGUUGCCUCGGCAGCGUGACUACGCAAACCCAGUGUUCUUGGAGAAGCACUCCUACCAGUUUGAGACCAGAGAGCAGUCUGGCUGCCUGAGAAUGUCUCACCAGAUUUACAUCCAGUGUAACUUAUUCUCUGUGCCCUGGCAGGGCUGCGCAGCAGCAGCAGCAGCGGCUUCCCCUUCGGCUACAACCUCUUACCACCACAUUAUUGACGAAGGGCAUAUUAACGCCCAGUUCUAUUGGAACGGACAAACCAUCCCCCUCAUUGGUGGCUACCAAGCCUAUGUGAUGGCACCUAUGCCCACCCCAGUGGAAGAGAAGCCCCUCCCCAGGCGGGCACCCAAGAGACCUGCAACAAACUCAUUCUCAGAUGAAGAACUAGGUUGCCCCCCAGCCAAAAUUCAGCGGCUACAACCUACUGCCAAGAGGGAGACCCCACAGAAGCGUGCUGGCAGAGCCACUGCUGGAAAGAGGGCACGACGUUAA